GAUACAUUUUGCUGAGAGCGUUGCUGUGAGAGGAGAUGUGUCACAACCAUCUGUUACCUUAACUCACUCAUUUAAAAAGCGCACAGGAGGUUUUGCACAUAGGGUUUAAAGUGUCAAGCAGCACCAUCUUCAGCCUUGAGAAGAUACAUGUGGAAGAUGAGAGACCAGCUUCAUAUUUUUCUGCUCACCUACAUGGUGGCUCUUGUCACCCCUCUUUCUUUGGCUUUCAACAUUGAUGCAACAAAUCCCGAUGUCUAUGCUGGUGAAAAGAAAGAUUUCUUUGGAUACAAAGUGCUUCAGUUCACGUCCGGCACAGACAAAGGGAUAAUCGUCACUGCGCCGCUGCAGCUCAAUGGAUCUGGAGGAGUAUGCAGACCUUACAAAAACCAAAGCACCCAGUGUUUCAAUGCUGAAGACAUUACUGUGAAACACGAAACGUUACCAGUGAAGCUCCUCGGCCUGUCGAUCACCGCAGACUCCACAAGCUCCCAGUUCAUAGUUUGCAGCCUCAGUGAAGCCCAUGAAUGUAAUGACAACUCCUAUCUGAACAGUGUGUGUUACAACAUGACAUAUAGUCUUCAGACAACCUCCAAUUUCACUCCUGCUUUCCAAGAAUGUACCAAAAAGACAGUGGACCUUGUCUUUCUUGUUGAUGGAUCAGACAGUAUGACCGACGAUGAGUUCAACAAAGCUAAAGUUUUCAUAGUGGAUAUAAUGAACAGCCUUAAGAACACAUUAAUCAAGUUCUCAGCAGUUCAGUUCUCCUCAUACCAAAGAACAGUAUUUGAUUUCAACGACUAUCAAGAUGGCAAAGCUCUUGACAAACUUAUGAAAGAACCCUACAUGGAGGAUCUGACCAACACACAUGGAGCCCUCGAAUUUGUGAUGAAAAAUACACUGGAAAACCGAGCUGCAGGUGCCUCUCCUGAUGCAAUUAAAGUUCUGGUUAUAAUCACAGAUGGUGAUCCCAGUGACACAAACAAUGGGAUUAUUGAAAAAUAUGAUGAGAAACAGAUCAUUCGCUUUGUCAUUGGGGUCAAAGAGGCUACGUUAGAAAAAUUCACAGCCAUUGCUUCAAAACCAACAGACCUAUAUGCCUUUAAAAUCGAGGACUACAACGGACUGAAAGGAAUAAAGGAAAACUUCCAAAAGAGGAUUUUUAAAAUGGAAGGCUCCAGUGUGGCUCGGGGAGGAGACUUGACGGAGGAAAUGGCUCAGAGUGGAUUCAGUGCUGUCUUCUAUAACAAUACAUUGAUCCUGGGUUCAGUGGGCUCAAAGAGCUGGGGGGGCUCUCUCCGAGAGAUCCAUGAAGGAAAAGAAACACAAAUUGAAGAUCCACCAAUGAAGAAGGACUCCUACAUGGGAUACUCCAUCUCUGUUGGCAAGAGGGACAAUGCUUCUCUAUACUUUGCGGGUGCACCAAGAUUUGAGCACACAGGACAAGUCUUACUUUUCAGACGUGAUGGUGGUAAUUGGGCCGCAGCCCAAACACUAAAUGGUACCCAGAUUGGCUCCUACUUUGGUGCAGAGCUGUGCUCAGUAGAUAUCGACUCAGAUGGUAACACUGACUUCCUGUUGGUGGGAGCUCCCCUGUUCUAUCAGCCCCAUGAGAAGAAAGAAGGCCGGAUAUAUGUCUACAUUCUGUCUGAGAAGAUGCAGCUGGAAACUGUACUAAAUGUGACAGCACCAUCCAUGGGCAGAUUUGGCACCACCAUUUCCAGCCUUGCGGAUCUUAACGGAGACGAACUCCGAGACGUUGCUGUUGGAGCCCCCCUUGAGGAUGAUAACAGAGGGGCUGUCUUCAUCUACCUUGGUGACAGACGCAAUGGCAUACGCAGCAAUUUCAGCCAGAGAAUCAUGGGACAGAAAAUUAGACCUGAGAUGAGAUUCUUCGGACAGGCCAUUGAUGGGCGCAUUGACCUCGGAGAGGACGGACUUCCAGAUAUUUUGAUCGGAUCACAGGGCAUGGCUGUUGUCUUGAGGUCCCGUCCUGUCUUCAACAUGACCGCACAUCUCUCUUUUCUUCCUAAGGAAAUAAGCACUGAGAAGAUUAACUGUGUGGACAAAACAGAUGGUGAUUUACCCAUGGGGACCUUACAUGUCUGCUUUGAAAUGGUAGAAAGCACAAAGAGCAAAGCCGACGUGAUGAGCUCAGGACUGAACAUCUCAUACAUGCUUAAUGUGGAUCCAGUGAGACAAACCCACCGAGGUUUCUUUGGAAAAGACAAGAAAGCUAGGAGUCUAACUUCCACCUGCAACCUGACGGCUAAUGAAACUUGCUUCAAGCUCCCUGUCAACAUGCCUAAAUGUCUGAAAGACGCUUUUUCACCCAUCAGCAUCAAAUUCAACUUUUCCCAAGUCGACAGUGAGAGUGCGAGUGCCGUUGUGAAUGUGGACAGCAGAAGGUCGGCUACUGUUGAGGUUCCCUUUGAAAAGCGAUGUGCAAAAAACGACAACUGUGUUGCUGAACUGGAGGUGGAUUUCAAUUUCACGACCCCGGCCUUAUUGACAGCAGAAGAUAGUUACUUCAAUGUGACUGUAAAACUGUCCAAUUAUGGUGAUGACUCAUUCAACACCAGCCUCACAAUGCACUAUCCUCCUGGCCUCUCUUUCUCAAGGAUGACUAUUACAGAGGCGACUAGACCAACGCUCCACAGCUGUCAUGAUCUUGAAGGGGUGCUUGACAAAACUGUGUGCGGCGUCAGCCUUCCUGUGUAUCGCAGCAGAUCUGCUGCAACGUUUAUAACUACUUUCCAUAUCAUGCCCGAGUACGAGUGGAAUGACACAAACGUGAUGACCAUUACUGGAAGAAGUGAUAACGCAAACAUCACCAAGAAUAAUUCCCCGAGCAAAAGCAUCCCAGUGCAAUUUGAAAUUAAAAUGGGACUAACAGUGGGCGGAGGCACCACCACAUAUCUGAACUUCAGAGCAGAAGAGGCUUCACCUAAAAAAAUUGAGAUUAUAUACAAGAUUGAAAAUCCAGGUUUUAAGGCUUUUCUUGUCAACGUGUCCCUGUUAUUCCCAACGCAACUGGAACAUAACUUUGAAAUGAAGGAUUAUCAAGUGUCUGUGCAGCAGAAUAAAACUCAAUGCGGAAUCCCUGAUCUCAAAGCUGAUCACUGCUCGCCAGGAGAACUUUGGAAAAUCAUUGCAUGUGACACAUUCAUCCUGGACAAGGAGUCCUCCACUGAGUUCACAUUGUCAGGAGAAGCACAUUUUAGGGAUCUCAAAAAGCAUGCCGAGAAUAUUGCCUUUCUGAAACGAUACACCGGAGAAAGCGUGGAGGUGAAAUUCAAAAGCUCCAUAAGUGUUGAAUUUGACAGGCGACAAUACGUGCUGGUUUCUCGUAAACAAGAGAGAAAAGAUGGAUUCAAGGAGACGUCUCAUAAAACUUGCUCAGGGAAAGACAACGAUCCAACCAUGAAAUGGAGUGAAGUUCGGGUUGAGUUCAUAAUUCUCCCCAAUCGACUAUUGAGCAUCUUCACUGGAGUAGGAUUGGGUUUGUUGUUUCUCAUCAUAACCACACUCAUCAUGUGGAAGCUUUGUUGCUUCAAGAGGAAGACGUUUUAUGAAGAAGAGGAGACAGAUGUUGUUCUUCUGGCUUACACUCCCAAAGAGUCUGCCUUUGACCCCAUAGUACUAUCUACUACGAUUCAAUCCUAAUUUUCUAACCCCAAAAAACUAUUUUCCAUCUUUUCCAACCUCAUUGACCGGUCAAAAAAGAUAGAUGACAUACGCUCAUUAUUUUCUAAUCCUCCUUCUAUAAUAACAUUUCCAUCAACUUCAUCUUCAUCCCCUUUGCUUUCCUCUUUCACCCCCCUGUCUCCCAAUCAACCUCUUACUUUGGUAGCCUCCACUCGCCCUACCACCUGACCCCUUGACGCCAUCCCAUCUCACAUUCUCAAGUCUAUCGCUCCAGACCUUCUUCCUUUUCUCACUCAUCUUAUCAACACUUCUCUGUCAACUGGCUGUUUCCCUAACUCUGUGGAGGAGGCAAGAGUAAAUUCUCUCCAGAGGAAACCCACCCUCGACUCGUCUGAAAACAAUCACAGACCUGUCUCUCUACUUCCCUUGGUUUCUAAAACUUUAAUCAACUCUCCUCCUAUCUCCACCAUAACAACCUUCUUGACCCUCACCAGUCUGGUUGCAAGGCAGGUCACCCAACUGAGACUGCCCUCCUUGCUGUCUCUGAGCAUUCGACACAGUGAAGCAGAUCCUUAUUUCCUCUCUUCCUACCUUCAUGACCGCACUUAUUGGGUAACUUCGAGAGGAUUUGUUUCUUACUACUGGGGUCCCUCAAGGUUCCGUCCUGGGUCCUCUCCUCUUCUCUUUGUACACCAACUCCCUCGGCUCUGUCAUUCACUCACAUGGCUUUUCCUACCACAGCUACGCAGAUGACACCGAAUUAAUCCUCUCUUUUCCCCAAUCUGAAACACAGGUAGCAGCACGAAUCACGGCCUUUCUGACUGACAUCUCUCAGUGGAGGUCUGCAUACCAACUGAAAAUUAACAUUGAUAAGACUGAACUACUUUUCCUUCCAGGGAAAGACUCUCCCACCCACGACCUGACUAUUAACUUUGACAACUCCGUGUUAACCCCCACUCCGACUGCUAGGAACCUGGGUGUGACACUCGAUAGCCAACUCUCCCUUACUGCCAACAUUACUGCAACAUGUUCCUGUAGAUUCAUGCUGUUCAACAGCAGGUUCUGGUUCAGGUUCUGGUUCAGGCUCUGGUCAUCUAGCGCCUAGACUAUUGUAAGUCCCUCCUGGCAGGUCUGCCUACUAGUGCCAUCCGACCUCUGAAGCUCAUCCAGAAUGCAGCAGCUCGACUGGUCUUUAACUGGUCCUAAAUUCACUCACAUUGCUCCGCUCCUCCGCUACCUUCACUGAUCACCGGUGGCUGCCCGCAUCCGUUUCAAACCAUUAGUAAUUACGUACCGUGAGGUCCAGUCUACAUCCAGAACAUGGUCAAACGUUACACCCCAGCACGUUCACUCCACUCUGCUUCUGCCAAUCGGCUCAUUGCUCCUUCACUGCGAGCUAAACACUCAUCAAAUCACGACUGUUUGCUGUCCUGGCUCCUAAAUGGUGGAAGGAGCUCAGCAUCGACAUCCGUACAUCAGAAAGUUUACACAUUUUCCUGCCGCAAACUAAAAACACACCUCUUCCGACUAUACCUUGAAUACAUUUUUACAACUAACAAUUUAAUAGCCCUUAAAUGGCACUUACUUAUAGCACUUUGUAGUUAUUUUUAAAAAAAAUGUAAGAAAUUGUACUUUCUCGAUUCUUGUUGUUCUGGGUUUGUACCCUCAUGGAUGAAUGCACGUAUAGUAAGUCGCUAUAGAUUAAACAAAAAGGGAAUUGGUAGCUUGGCUCUUAUGAAUGUAGCUAAAUCAUAUGAACCAAGUAAAUUUUUGUCCAUAUGGUCCAAAUAUUACAAAUUUGCCUCAAGGGUCUUUACAGAUGUUCAACAAAAUGACACCUUCUGCCCUAAGAGACUCAAACUGAAUGAAUCAGUGAAAUCCAAAGUAAAGGAAACCCCAAUUAGAGGAACUGAGGAGAGAUCCCUCCUACAGGUCAGACUGACAUGCAGUAGAUGUUGUGUGAACAGAGUAGAUCUACGUUGCAGUCUUACAGUAUGGACGUACAGCAUGGUCAAAAUAUAGAUUGUCAUUAUACAAGGAGAAUAUGAUGCGAGAGGAUGUUGACAUGUCAAACCCUUUUUUUUUCUCUUUUUUAUCAAAUCAUGAAAUGUUUUUUGAGCAUUGUUAAUCCAUGUAAUACCAUGGUUGUGUUAUAUCAGGCACAACGAAGUUUUGUGAAAACUCAUCCUCAACACAGAAGAGACACAAGUUUAAAUUCCAGGUAGCCUGGUCACAUGAUCCCUGUGUCAGGCCUAUGGUGCCGUCUCUACUAAUGUUUAUUUACACUUUAAAAUACUGUAACAUUAAUACUAGUCAGCCUUUACCUAUUUCAUCUUCGGCACAGGUUUUAUCUCCUUGUUUAUCCAAUGUUGUGCCUUAGUAUUAUUUUUUUAUGCUUUUCAGUAAAAAAAUAAAA